AUAAAAGACCCAGCUUAGGCCUCAGCCUUGCCAGCUUCCGUUCCCUCCAAACCCCAUUCACAUCGUCUACCGCACAUGAUCUGUUAGUGACAAUGCCUCAUCUCGACGUGCCCGGAGCACAGCUCUACUACGAAACCAUCGGUUCCGGCCCAUUACUGCUAUUGAUAUCCGGCGCCAACGGUUCGGGCGAUCUAUGGCGCAUACUCGCCGAACAGCUCAAGUCACACUUCACCGUGGCCAUCUACGACCGGCGCGGGUUCUCGCGGAGUCAGCUCGUCGGUGCCCAAGACUACGAGCACCGCAUCGAGACCGACGCCGACGACGCCAGUCUCUUAAUCAAGCAUCUCUCCCCUGACGACGACAACACACGAGCCACGGUCGUCGGCAACAGUUCCGGCGCCAUCGUGUCACUGGAGCUCCUGUGCCGACAUCCGGAGUGCAUCCGCGUGGUGGUGGCGCACGAGCCGCCCGCCAUGCGACUUGUCCCGGACUGCGACGAGCUUUGGGCGAUGCAGAACGACAUCUACAAGACCUACCGGAAAUCAGGCAUCGCCCCGGCGCUGGACAUGUUCGCCGACAUGAUCAAGGCCGGCAAGGAGAGACAGGGUCUCGUGCGCGGCUUUGCCUCGACAGAUCCUUACGUGAAGCUCAACACGAUUUACUGGUUUGAGCGCGAGCUGUUGGACUACCCGUAUCGCCAGUUCGACGUCGAGGUGCUGAAGAAGCAAAAGGACCGUCUUCUCCUGGCCAACGGCGCCGAUUCGAACAAGGAAGCCCUGCAGUUCCGGGCUAACGUAGCCCUGGGCGAGAAGUUGGGAUUGGACGUCAAGCUCCUCCCUGCGAUGCAUAUCGGUUUCGCAACGCAUCCCAAAGGUUGGGCACAAGGACUGUUGGAUAUCCUCAAGGAAAAGAAUGACUUUUAUGCCAAAGGAUGAAAGGGUGGUCUAGAAGAAUCUUCCUCAUGGAAUUCCGCGUAGGUGGUACUGCGGGAGUGGAAGGUGGUCUCUGAAUGAGUAUGCCUAAGUAGAG